AAUGUACCGAAUUAGUUUAUCAGUGUUAAUAUUUCGAAAUGUCCAUCCAGAAGAAACUAAUAGUCGUGGGUGAUGGUGCGUGUGGAAAAACCUGCCUUUUGUUAGCAUUUGCCAAAGACAUAUACACUGAAGGAUACAUACCCACUGUGUUCGAAACUUAUGUAGCAAAUAUUGAAGCUGACGGCAAAAAUGUCGAUUUGUGUCUUUGGGACACUGCCGGGCAAGAGGACUAUGCUCGUUUAAGAGCCCUCCAAUAUCCGGGAACAGACGUUGUUUUGAUUUGCUUUUCUGUAGCAUGGCCAGAUUCUUUGAAAAAUGUUUACGAUCGGUGGUGGCCUGAAGUGAAACACUUUUGCCCGAAUGUGCCCAUUUUGCUAAUUGGUACAAAAAGUGACAUAAGAGAAGACAAACAAGAACUAACAAUGCUAGAGCAGAUGAAGAAGAGACCAGUAACAAGAGAAGACGCGGAAGCUGUCGCUAAGAGAAUAAGAGCAAUGACCUAUCUUGAAUGUUCCGCAAAGACUAGAUUCAAUAUUCACACUGUGUUUGCGGAAGCAACUAGAGCUGCGAUUAGUCAAAAGAAGAAAAGAUAUAAACCUAACUGUGUAUUAAUUUAAUUUUAAAAAUGACAAAUAUGUGUAGUGGCAUAAAAAAUAAUAGAAAAACGUAAUACAUAUUUUGAUCUUGAGUGAAUUACGUUUAGAAAGUUACAAAUUUUUGUUCAAA